UGAAAACUCUUCUCAAAAAGUAAGACUAAAUUUAAACAAAGCGGCACUCUUAAUAAAGCCGUCAAUUCGUUCCUGUAGAACUUCUUGUAGCCUUUUAACCAAAACAACAAUGGACAUGGAUGUCGAGGCUAAACGGAUCAUGGCUCUAUCCAUAACUAAGCUGUACUCAUCUCGGACUCAGCGCGGUGGUUUAAGGCUCCACCGAAGCCUGUUACUGUCGAUGGUCAUGAGGUCUGCCCGGGAUAUCUACCAUUCAGCCCGCUUACAGAGUGAGGAGCAGACUGUUCCAUGUGUCCAAGAACUGGCAACAGAGGAACCCAUGGACACAAGCAAAGACCAAGGCGAGGUUAUCGACACUACCCCGACGACAGCUUCUGAUAUCCCGACAGUAGAGUGCGGUGAUAAGGAGGUAGAGGAGGACGACAAAGAGAAUAACUGCCUUGAGAAAUCUGACCGACAGUCCAGGAAACGCCGUGGCAAGACUGCCGUUGAGCCCGACUUCCUGCCAUUGAAGAAGGCGAGAAUGGAGACCGAGGAGGAGAAACAUGUAACACAAGGCGCAGUUCUCAGGACUAACAAUGGGAACAGCUGUCGCCCAGUUGAUACUUUGACCCCGCUGCCCAUAAACUGUGCCGUCGGUGCCUGUUGAAUCUGAAGCAGCAGUGACGGUAUGGGUGAUUAAACGUCCCUAAUUGGGGAAUUCUUUCGAACACGAACAGGUCAGGAAGUGACCAAGUUUGUGAACCCUGGAGCAGGGCGAGAUGUUCCACUGCCAGGGUCAGGCCACUUCAGCUGAGGAAGCUGGCAGAUGAAGCAGAGAUCAGAGACCCUGACAGUAGAGAACAGCGAUGGACACUGUGUUCCGGAGAACAGAAGGAGCACAAUCAGGUCGCAGCGCAGACAGUAACGCUGCGUAAGUGUAUCGAAACGUGAGUCAGAACGGUGACUGAUGACUCUUUAACCGAGCAACCAAGCUGGAAGCUACUCAAAUGAUGUGGGAGUUAGUUGUGAACUCUAUGUGUAAAUUACCUCACACAGCCUACACUACAAAAUCACGUAUUUUCUCAAGUGCAAUUCGACGGAUAACCCGCGGUGGGGUGGAGAUGGAACAAGUUGUGCUCAUCCACUACAAUCUUGUACUGAAAGACUCUUUGGUGAAAAUAUAACUGAUGAGAACUGCACGAUCAAAUAUUGUCAACUUAUUGUCUGCAUAGACAAACAGUAUUGCAAAUGUUCCGAUCAACUUGUAUUUUCUUGAUGUUAAACAUGGACUAAUGACUUACAUGUUAUGCUGCUUGUCCUACAAUGGUGCGUCAACUCUGUUGA